AUGAAUUCCCUUUUUUUAUACUUUAAAGAUCCAAGAGUUGAAUAAUCAUAUUAGAUAUCAAAUUAACAUUCGAAGAGACUUAGUACAUUUAUAUGUUUAAGUUUUGGAUUCCUAAUUGCAUUUAUAGUCAAAGUAAUAUAAUCAAGUCAUGAGAAAAAUACUUAUGGAUUUACAUUGAAUUUAUCCAUGUUAAUUUACUUAGUUGUGCAAUUGAUUUUCGUUUGGAAAAAUAAUUAAUAUCUCAGAUUGGGUAUCAUCAUAUUAAAUCAUUCUGUCACUAUCUUUUUUAUUGCUUUUGAGGAUAGAUCAGGAGUAGAUAAUUAAAUGGCUAUGCUUUAAGGCGUUAAUUAGAUGGCAGCAACUUAUUUAUUGGUCUUGACUGGAGAAUACGUUGAUGGUAUGAUAACCAUAAUAACACUUUAAAUAUUUAGAUUACUUUGGGGGAUCUUUAAAAGUGAUGGCAUGCAAUAUUCUGCACUUGUAACCUCCACUCUUUUAAUCCUCUAUAUCAAUUAUUACAAUUAUUAGUAUAAUAAGGCAAAACGAUCGUAGUAUUUAUUAACUUUAGCUGACACAAGAUGGGAAGACAUUCUAAAAAAACUCUUAUUGCAAUAGUCAUAUAUGAUUUUGUAAUUUUCAGAGGAGAAUUUACACUUUUCUGUUAGGUAACUCAGAAAUUGUGAAAAACUCUUCAAAACAGAAGAAGAAGCCUAUUCGUUUUUGAAACAGGCCACUCAUUAAAAUAAAAUAAUGUAGAAUGUUAUCUAUGAUUUCAUAAGGAAAUUUUAAUAAAAUAAUUAAUAAACUUUCAACAAUACGUUUCUGAUUAAUUUUCUUAAAAGAACUAUAAGGGCUGAAAUUUCAAUUUAUUAAGGAGAUAAGCCUACCAUAUUACUAUUAUUUAAAGAGUUUUUUUAUGAAAGGAGAAUUAAUACAAAAAUAAUAUAAACUCAAUAUGAUUAAAUCAUAAAAUUGAUGGUAAAAAUACUUAAUCGUAUAAAUCAAUAUCCUAUUUGCAAAGAUAAAUAUCAAUCCAUAUAAAGAAAAUUAAUAUUUAUUCAUUUGAUUUAAAAUAUCAAAAGGGAUAUCAAAUUAAAGAAAAUAUCAUUAAAUGAUUUCCUCAAAAAUGCCAUUAAAUUACAUAGUCAUGUAAAAUUUAAUUUUUAAUAUUAUUGUAAUCCAUCUAUAGAAACAUCUGUAAAUAUCUUAUAAAUUGUAAUUUUGCAAAUAUUUCAAAAUAUACUAAGUUAAAACAUUAUUAUUAGAACAUCCUAUACAAAAGAGAAAAAGAUCAGAUGUCAAUUUUUAGGUUAUUUUAGCAUUGAAAAAAUUAGAAAAUUUAAAGACUAUUUGGAAAUACCAUUUUUACUAUUAUUUGAAUCAUAUGAUUUAAAUCAAGAAGGUAUAUAAAUAUUUAUAUAUAAAAUAGCAAUUUAAUUCGUCUUUCCUCAUUCUAUCGAUAUCCCUUUCAAUAAAUUUUGA